AAGUAAAGUUGAUCUUGAUAAAUGAUAGUAUAUCAGUAAAAUGUUUUGAAUUUUUUUAGUGACUCUUUAUUAAUAAUAUAAUAUUAAUCGGCGUGUUCUGUGGAUUCCGUUUUGUGUUCAAUUUGGGACUACGGUAAGCGAAAUGAUUAAUUUUUUAUUUUUACAAAUAGCCACGUAAUUGAAUGUGUUACACAUAAUUUUAUUUUUAAUCAACUCGAUUAUUUUUUUUUUCAUUUAAGCCAUGUGGACCAUUCGAGUUCCCAAACGAAAUGUGCCUCGUUUCUUCAAUCGAUCAAUCACCACUGUAUGUGUUUCACGACAAGAAAGCCGUGCAGUUUACCCACCUAUUUUAGACUUAAAACCUGAGCCGACUGUGUUACGUCAAGAAUUGAAUCACCAUGAAAAAAUACGUAACAUUGGUACUAUCGAAGAAAAAACUAUUGGUAUCAAUAUGCCUAGGUUCGAUUAAUUUAUUCUAUUAACUAUUAAACUUAUAAUUUUAAAAACUUUUUUGUUGUACAUUUCUAGAUAUUAUGGUUGGCAGUCUUUAGUAGUAAAAGACAAAAUAUUGCCGUACGACUUCUUGCCAUUCGCUCAGACUAUUACAAAGACUAAAAUAUAUGAAGUAGAAAAUCUACCAAAUAAACUUUCAGAUGAUGAUUAUCAAAAAUUUAUUGACCAUAUAAAACCACAGCUAGAAGAUAGCCUUGUAUUUGAAUUCAAUAGAAAUAGGUUAGAAUAAAUCAUAAAUAAGUUAUCUAAUUGAUUCAAAAGUAUAUAUAUUUUUAAUGAAUUUUAGAAGCAGAGGUAAAGAAAUAAAUCCCAUCCAUAAUACAGAUGAAUCUAACCCAACAAAUGACUUAGCUAAAAGUGUUGCUGAGCAAGUAAAUCGUAUAUUUUUAGCUAAUCUUGCUGCAGAUUAUCCACAUUUAUAUGAAGCUCAAGUAUGAACACAUUUUUAUAAAAUAACUAAUUCAAAUUGAACUGUUUUAAUAAUUAAUUAUCUAUAUUAGAAUUAUAAUUAUCUAAUAUUGAACUAGAUUGAUUAUGAGCCUCGCGUUGAAGGAUUUUGGAAUGUGCAUGGUUUUGCAGCAAAUAAAGAAGAUCAAGAACUGAGAAAAAAGAAAAAUGUACCAGAAGAGAACUUAAAAGAUCCUGUUGAUAGAUGGAUACAUUAUUUUGGGGUUCCUACAGUUCAAGUACGCCAUAGUUUACCCUUGUCUUCAGUUCCCUUAGAUAAAUUUAUGUUAACUUCUACUCCACUGUCUCAUUCCGAUGAUAUACCAAAUAUUAUACAUAGACAAUUUGAUGUCCCAAAUUAUGAUUUUGAUCCUCAAAUUUAUCAUAAAUUGCCAUAUGAAAGAAGACAUGGUGUUAGUAUUCCUGGUGAGUUGGUAAAAUUAAAAAUAUAAAUUUUCCUCUCAUAUCAAAUCUAAACUUUUUAGGUUUUUGGCCAAAUGAUCCUCAGAAGUUUGGUUUAUUGUCCAUUCACACAAAUGAAUACUUAGUAGAUCGACCACCUAAUUUUGGUGAAUUGGAACACCAAGAAGCUGUUCAUGCUCAAGCAAUAUUAGCAUCAUUUGCUUGGCUAAUAGGUCAAGCAUCUUAUCAAGGUAUAACACAGUUGAUUUUAAUAAAUUAUGUAUAUGCUUGUCAGAAUGGUCAUUAUUUAUAAACUUUAGAAUUCUUAAAUCUGUAUCCUUCCAAUUUGUUCAUUAGUACAAUAAGAUUUGGUUGUGUUAAAUUUGGUCAUAAUGAAUAAUCUUCUUCCAGUACAGAAUGAGUAUUUAAAAAGUCCAAAUAGAGUAGUUUUAUUAUAUUAAAAAGUAAAGCAAUUAACAUGAACAUGUAUUUUUACUACUUUCCACGGAAAAAAAUAUAUUUUUGAAAUAUUUCUUUUAUUUAGAAAAAUGACUAACGAUAAUAUAAAUAGAUUUUAUGAAUGGUAGAUCACAUAACAUUUUUUCGUAAAACAAUGUAAAAUGUAAUUUUCUGUUAAAUAGAUAUCUAAUGUUAAUUGUGUUGAAUCAACCAUUUAUCAUUGAAAUAAAAUUUAUUAGUUAUUAAAAAUACUAAAAAUAUCAGUUUAAACUGUAUAACGAGUUUCUAUACAUUAUUUAAUUUUGUCAUAGUUUCAUGGUCAUAAUUGGAGUACUUUAGACCAACGGUUGUCAACCGGUGAUUCCUAAAGCACUGGUGGUUCACGAAAAAAUUUAGGUGGUCAGCAGAAAAAUUUGAACAUUAUUUGCAAUAUUAGGUAUUUCCUUCCAGCGAGCGUGUGUCGUCACGUUAUUCAAAAUUUAAAAAACAAAAAAUUUAACGCCAUCAUAAUUACAAUAGGCCCUAAACCCACGGAAGUAAUAAGAAAUAUCACAGUAAGUGAUUCCUGGUUAAUUUGAUUUAUUGAUUACACUAUCACAAUUUUUCAUAACAAAUUGGUUAGCAUUUAACUAAAUAAAACCCAGAAUGAGUUAAUUUCGUUUUCAACCCAAAGGCACGGGGUGUGCCAUGAUACACCUGGCACAUAGUGCCCACCCUAUGAGGGAGGGGGCAUGUGGCACACAAUUAUCAAUGAAAAUCAAGACUGUAUAUACAUAGCUAAUAAAAAUAUUAAUUAAUAAAAUAUUGUUUGUACAUAAGUAGAAACCUACUUAUUUUGUGUCUAAUAUCAAAAUACAAAUUUGAUUUUAUUAGUUUAUAUAUAAAUUUUAAAUACAAAUUUAGAUUUCUAAUAGGGCCUUAAAAUCCGUUAAAAAAUUAAAUAAAUAGUUAUAAAUAUAUUUAUACACAUUAUGGGGCCCUGCAUUCCGCAAAAUUAGGGCACCAGGCCCCAAAAUCUAUCGGGCCGGCACUGCUAGCAUGUGAGCACUUAAGUUAGUAUAAGAGGAUAGUGGAACGGUAUUUAUGUAAAAAGCUAUUAUCUCUGGAAAAGGACAUGAGACUUAUAAUAUAAAUUGUAAAUACUAUAAAAAUAUAAUUGGUCCGUAGAAUUUAGAGUAUUAAUUUAAUGGUAUUCGAGGUCCAAAAGGUUAGCGACCAUUGCUUUAGACGAUAAUAUUGAAUUUGUCUGAAAAAAUAUUAUUACUGUGUUGACCUUAAUUAUUCUUUUUAGGUUUUACAAUUUGUAAUGAAAUCACGUAUCCUCUUGUUAAUCAAUCAAUUAUUACAAAUGGUAAAACAUGGUCAUUUUAUAUGUAUCAAUUAAACACUAUGAGAUUCUUUAAAAGUAAAGAUACCAUAAACAACAAUUCAGUUAGUCCAAGUAAUAUUUGUUGGGGAACAAAAACAAUGGAAUUAUUCCACGAUGUCACAGAUACCCAAAUUGUUGGUAUGUAUAGUAAAAUUAAUAUAUAAUAUUCACCGAAAAUCAUAAAUAUUAAAUAUAGGUUGGAAUGAUGAGACAUUAAAAAACCUUUUAAGUUGUUAUGUGAAUACGCCUAAAAUACGAGAUCAUGAAAUGAGUCCAUAUCUCGGCAAAGAACAAGUGGUAGCCAACAUAGAUGAUGCUAAUAAAAGGUAAAUCAAAAUAUGUUUAAAACAUUUCUAUUAUUAGUUAAAUUUAAUUGUUGUAUACAAGUGAAUUGUUAAGAAUUUAAUGUAUUUAAAUAUUAUAAUUUAUUUUUUAUAGGAUAUGGUUACAUGAAAAACAUAAAGUUAUGGUAUCACACAGACCUAGACAUCGUCUUCUACCUGAAGUUUAUGACUGGGAACGUAUUUAUAAGAUUCAAUUUGAAACAAGACAGUUUGAAGCAAGAAGACGGUUCUUUGAACUUGAUCAGGAUCCGUUAAAUGAAAGAAAACUUAAUGAUCAUUAUGGAGCUUACAUACAACGUAAGGAUAGAGAUUUUGGUAGGAGAAUAAGAAGUAAACGAUUUGCAGACACUUAUUAUCCCAAUGUUUAGAUACUAUUUUCUAUCACUAUCGUAUUAAAAUAAUUGUUUUUAGAUGCUAUUUUUUAUCACUAUUGUAUUAAAAAAAUUGUUAUACAAAUUAUAUUAUAUUUAAAAAAAAAAUUGCAUAUUUAGUUGUUGGUUUCAAAUGAAUACCUUUCAUUUGGUACUUUUCAGUUAUUUUGACUACCACUGUUGUCAUUUGUAAUG